ACACCUGUAAGGAAGAGAGGGGUGAGAGCAAAGCAGGAGGCAGAGCUGAUAAAAGGCUGCUGUGAGCCUUUGCCUCUCCUGGGAAGGGGUGUAUCAAGCUUCCUAGGCUAAGAGUGGAGAUGAGAGGUAAAGGUGAAAAUGGAGUCUCCACAGUGUGAGCAGAGGAUCACAAAGGUCUCACUAGCCGAGAUCCUGAGGUGUUUUGAGCAUGCUAUAAGUGAGGAGCAAGCCUGGGCUAUCUGUUUUCAGUGUUGCCGUAAAAUGGAGCAGUUGGCUCAGGGGCUGUGCCUACCGCUCCAUUCUGUAUUCAUAAAAGGUCCUGGAAGCAUCUUUAUCCAUGCUGACGGUACUGUUUCCUUCAAGGUGUACCACAAGUCUGAUGUUGGCAGCAUUCAGCAGUCAGAGGACAAGCUGCUGGAGUACUUGGGAGUGGUGAUCUAUGAAGCCCUGGACUGGGGACUCGACAGCCAAGCGGAGCGAGAGCUGAGUGAUCCUUUGGAGAAAGUGCUGUGCCUCAUGUUGCAACUGGAUGAUGAAGCAAUGAAACCAGCAGUCACCCUGCAGGAUGUUAUCAAGGCCUGUGAGGAGCACUUGUGCAGGCCUUCUGAGGCUACCAGCCAUUAUAAAAGGACCUGUAGCAGCUUGUUUACUGAAUAUAUGGAACUUCAGAAGCUUAUGACCAUCAUCCAGACCUCCAAAGAGAGGCUAAGAAAAAUGAGUGUGGAAGAUUUGGUGGAAAAUCCCCUCCAGAAGAAGGAAAAACACUGGCCAGCUGUUGACUUGGCCCUCACUGGUUUCUCUGAGGCAUCUCUGUGGCCCAACGUCAUCCGUGAACUGCAGAACGGUGUGAGGCUGCGCAAGGCCACUGAGCGACCACAGCAUCAUGUGACUUCAAAUGAACGUAUACGCUCUCCCUAUGAAUUACUUUUGGAUGACAUUCAGCACAAAAGGUACACCCUUCGGAAGGUGGUCAUCAAGCACAAACACAAGACCCCCAAAGCUGAUGUAGCUGCUCCCAAGCCUCAUCUAAAACCUGUGAUGGGGAAGAAGCUGAAAGAGUGUGUGCCGUGGGAUUCCCGCUGGUGUGAACAUCUCGUAUCAGAAAUAAAACAACCACAGGAGCUUCUGUCACCAGCAGCAAGGGAAGAGGGGAAGAGGACCAAAGAAAUGGUUGUGACACCAAAUACUACCUUGAAAUAUCCAAGCGAUGGUUUAACUCUUCAACAUGCCAGUACCAAGUUUAAAAUUAUCAACACUACAACACAGCAGCUCAGACCAGGACUUCAGGAAACCACUCCCAAGCUGCCUUCCAGCACCUGUCUUGCCUCAAACAGGGCAUCAGUAAUAUCCUGCAACAGAACAGGUCUUGCUGCAAAUUGCAUGUGUCCUCCCAUGAGUGCACCCACAUUAGGAGACAUUAAACUGAAUGGUUUCCCGGACACUGGCCAACAGCAACUGCCUCCUUACAGAGGAAGGUCCAAAUCUUUAGAGAGAGGCCUUCAAAGCAAGGAGCUUGACUGUCCCUUUCCUACCAAGUGGCCAUCACCAACCAUUGCUGAGCUGAUUGGAACCAGGUAUGCGAUGAUGAUGCUGGAAGGGCAAGGCUUCUUCCAAGGAGGUAGUGAUGGUGCUAUUCUGAGAGCAAAGAUAUGUUUCAGCUGCUGUAGGCAGAUGUUUCUUAAGUGGCCUUACAGCUGUUACCUCUGCAGCAGUGUCGUCUGCUGUGACUGCUGCAUCAAGAUGUCCAUGCCCUUCAGAAUGUGUGUACAUCUCCCACUUCAUUUCUUAAGACUUUUGAGACUCUCCAGAGAGGAGGACCCAGCUACUCAAAAGCAGAAGAGCUCAGAGCUGCUGCAUGAAAUCGAGCACUGGGAGUGUUUGGGUGUGCCUGUUAUUUUGGAACCCCAUUGCCUAGCACAGCCUCUGUGCUGUUACACAGGGACCAUGGCUGACUGGCUGACUGCAGACAUCUGUAUGCGAUGUGAGCAGUAUCUGUUGAACAUGGCUUCCAGUCAACAGCGGAGCAUCCCUCUCAGGAGAAUUUCUUGGCCCUGAACAAAACUGGAAUGACUACCAUACAUUUCUCCUGUCACUUGUUCUGUACCUGAAGUAAAUGAAACGGCUUUAUGCACCAACCGACAUAAAGGCCCAAAUAAAAGACCUCCCUGCUGCUUAGUCUGAGCAGGAAGCACAGUUAGUAUUUAUGUAUUGUGUAGUAUUACAAAGCAUUGCGGUUUUUAGAACUGUUUUAAUUCUUUUACGUGUCCUUGGGGAAAUAAAUGUUGAAGCACUA